UGUAAGCUUAUAUCAUGUUACUUUAUCGAACAGACAUUUUGCAAGACAGUUAAUGAUGGCGUUGUUGAAGAAUCUGUCUUUCGUCGCUCACCUACUUUUUUGCUUUUUGUCUUCGAACAAAGCAGAAUUACACAAAGGUGUUUUUCCUGAUGAUUUCGCAUGGGGCUGUGCAAGCUCUGCUUAUCAAAUUGAAGGGGCUUGGAACUUAGAUGGAAAAGGGCCAAGUAUUUGGGAUACGUACACCCAUGAAGGAGGACAUGUGUAUGCAAAUCAAAGUGGAGAUGUUGCUUGUGAUAGUUAUCAUAAUUACAAGAAAGAUGUAAAGAUGCUUAAAAUGCUUGGAGUUACCCACUACAGAUUUUCAAUUUCUUGGUCUCGCAUUCUUCCAAGUGGCACAGCUGAUAUCGUGAAUGAGAAAGGAAUCGAGUACUACAACAAAUUGAUAGAUGAGUUAGUGAAAAAUGGUAUACAGCCAAUGGUGACUUUGUACCACUGGGAUUUACCGCAAGCAUUGGAAAACAAAGGCGGAUGGUUAAAUAAAAAAACCAGCGAUAUUUUUAGUGACUACGCUAGAUUGUGUUUCAAAACUUAUGGGGAUCGGGUGAAACUCUGGGCGACUCUCAAUGAACCGUGGGUAGCUGCAGUUUUCGGUUAUGGCACUGGUUUCCACGCUCCGGGUAUCCAUGGCAUAAAGAAACGUGUUUAUGACGCUGCUCACACAAUGUUGCUAGCCCAUGGGAAGACGUGGCAUGUCUACGACAAGGAAUUUAGACAGUCACAAAAGGGGAAAAUUUCAAUUGUUCUUAAUGCAGACUGGUAUUUUCCCAAGAAAGAAGAACCGAUACAUCUCAAUGCGUGCGAGCGCGCGAGGCAAUUUUUCUUGGGCUGGUUCGCUCACCCCAUCUUCGUAAAUGGCGACUAUCCAGAAAUGAUGAAAACUCUUAUUGCGAAACAUUCAAGGCUGGAAGGUUUGCCAAUGAGGUUAGGUUCAAAUGGGAAUCGCGCAUAUAGACUACCACUGUUCACUCAGGAAGAAAAGAAAAUGCUGAAAAAAACUGGGGACUUCUUUGGACUCAAUCAUUAUACAUCAACCGUCGCGGGCAAUCUGCACAUCAAGAAUGCCUCUGCCGUAGAUUGGAACUAUUGGAACGACGGAGAAUUUUAUACGUACAAAAAUAAAUCUUGGCCUCGAGGAGCACCAACAUGGCUGUAUAUGGUGCCUCAAGGUUUUCGUAAUCUUCUCACUUAUAUAAAGAAUGAGUAUGGUAAUCCUGAAAUAUAUGUCACGGAGAAUGGAUGGAGUGAAAUAGGAGAAGAUGUCCGUUUUGGGAAACCGAAGCUCAAAGACAAUCAAAGAGCCACAUUUUACAUAAAGUAUAUCAGCGAAGCGUUAAAGUCUUAUCAAAUUGAUGGAGUAAAUCUUAAAGGAUAUUUUGCUUGGUCUCUCAUGGAUGACUUUGAAUGGAAUGUUGGAUACCACGAACGUUUUGGGCUACACUGGGUAAAUUUUAGUGAUCCAGAAAGAAAACGUGUUCCUAAGUUCUCGACAAAAGUGUAUGCAAAAAUUGUCGCCGACAAUGGUUUUCCAGCUGAGGCUUCAACCGACAUUCACAUACUGGUACGAGCAACGGAGAUCAGGAAUGAAUCCUUCUCUGUUCACGUGACAUCUAUUGUUUCUAUGGCCCUCUUUAUGCCAAUGCUGUGCACAAUUUUCAUGAGUUAAUAAUAUGUAGCCAUUGCAAUUUAGAACAAAUGCUAUAUGACAUUCGUGACAAAUGAUUUCAUAUUUGAAGAGCUAUAGACCGUAAUCAAAGCAAGUAAUAGAACAAUGUUUGUAGAAAGAAUGAAACGGUUAAAAACGGUGUUAAAAUAAAACUAGAAAAAAUGUACGUUGAAUAAAAGGUUUUCUGAAAUAAAAUAUAGUUUCGUAAAGGAAUUCUGUCAUCAGGCAA